GCGUUACAUGAUAUAAAUAAAUAUUUCCAUUGUUAUUAUCACGGUUUGUGUCACGACCAUUGUCAAAUUUAUUAGAAACCUUUAGUUGAGGAUGAUUUGAUACUUGCCUCCAAGCCUUGGGGCCUGGACGAGCGAACACGGAGAUUGAAAGUGCGACGAUAGCAAGUAAAUAAAUGUCAAGGAUGAGUCAGCCGCCAGACAUAAUGAACGCGCGAGAAAUAACGGAGCUGGUGAGACUUCUUCGGCAGAACGGCGACGAGAUCUUGAGCGCCUCUAGCAAGCUCUCCCUGUCAACAAAACUGCUGCAUACUCUCAACGAGGCAUUCUCGCUGAUUGUAUCGGAAUCUCAAGAUUUGGACUCCUCCUUUCACGUGUGUAACAGCUCCAAGGUAGAUGUAUUCCGUGACGUCAAGUUCCUACACGAUUUCGUGCAGAAGACUAUAGGCCUGAAAGUGACGCAUUGCUCUUCCGACGUCAAAGUGACGAUUGACAUCUCCAAGUUUAGACACUUGAAGUAUUUGGAGCUGAAACAAGUGUCUAUUGAGUUAUUGAAGGGUCUACAGAGCGUCAGAGGUCAGUUGGAAAGUAUCGUGUGCGCCGGCAGGAAAGGAGUAUCCACGAUUUAUCAAUUACUAGCUGCGUGCGGAGGCGAUGCCGGAGUCGGGUUUGUAUGGGCAUCCUUGAAACACUUGGUAUUACCUCACAACGCUCUCCAAUGCCUCGACGAAUCUUUAGAAUUGGCACCUUGGCUUCAGAUAUUGGAUUUGAGUCAUAAUAUGAUAACUAAUGCCAAGGAGAUAUCUUGCUUGUCAAAUUUAAGAUACGUCAAUCUGGGCUACAACAAAUUGGAACAUAUACCUACGUUCAAUAAGGCGGUGCUGCAUUCGUUACAAGUGUUGGUGUUGAAAAACAAUUACAUUGACAACUUGAGCGCUCUGCAAGGCUUAGAGUGUCUGACGGAGUUAGACUUGUCGUUUAACUGUUUAACGGAGCAUCCGAUCCUCUGGCCACUGCGAAAGAUGUCUACCCUCUUGUGGUUAUCCUUGGAAGGGAAUCCUUUAUCAUAUCAUUCGAAACAUCGUAUACUGACGAUAAAAUAUUUGAAUCCGAGUUUAUCGGACAGCAAGUUCGUUUUAGAUCAUCUGCCACUCUCAAAUUGGGAAAAAACGCUAGUAGCGGAAAAUCGGGUCUUUGCAAUAUCCACGAAUCAAUCGACAUCACUGAGCAGCUCGAUAUCUGUAUACGUUGAUACACAUGAAUUCGACCAAGGCAAAUUAGAUCGUCGAACGAUAUCGUUACCUGAAACUCUGGAAAAGAGUGCAACGAGUAAAAGUAAAAAGAGGCGAAACGUUAAAGAAGCCAUCAUCGACGAGAUCGAUCAGGAGAGAGGAGAAUUUAAUCAACUGCCUGAUGUAGAGGCAUCUUCUUAUUUAGAGUCGUCAAAGGAUUACUUGGAGACGAAAAAACGCAUCUUGGAUCUACGAGAAAAAUUUGGCGAGGAUAAUUGGCUGAGCAGUCACGCGGCAACUUUUGUGCAGGAUAUUAUGGGUCUACAUCCUGCCACACGAUUGCCAGAGUCGCAAAUAUCCAAGAUACAGACUUUGACUGAUGUUGAUGCAGCAUCGUCUCUGCACGAUACUCUGAUUCACGCGAUAGAUAACGGAGAAUCUUUCGACGAAUCCGAGUCGCGAGGAAUCGCAGAAUGCACAGAGGACGAUAAAGAGAGUGAAGCGUUGGACAAUCUUUCCAAGACAUGCGCUGCUCCUACAAUCGAAUAUGAUCCUAAUGAAGAGGCUGGAGAUUUAUAUAUCGUUCAGAAAAGGAAAAACCAAGAUGAGCUGGACAAUGUCUUCCUGGUGAUAACUUCCGAAGAUAUUAAGGAAAGGGAUGCGAUCACAGGGAGAAUCAAGUAUUGUUGGUCGACAAAUUCCGUAUUGUCUUGCGUCUUGGGCAGAAGCGAUCCACCCACAGUUGACAUUAUUUUUGACACUACUAGGAAAGAUAAGGAGAACAGACGAUACUUUGCCCAACCAGAAGAUGCAAAGAAAAUUGUGACGACAAUUAGCGAGCAAAUCGAGAUACGACCGAUACUGCUCAAGGUUUUCAAGUGCAUGAAAUGCUCGACGCAAUUCUCACAGGAUCCGGAAUUGUACAACGUAACGUUUGCUGUUAAAUCAGGUGCGAAACAACUCAAGUGUCCUACCUGCGACAGCGGCUUAGUCAUUGAAAUAGAGACUGCGUCUAACGCAGACGCUCAAAUUGCCAAGAAUCAGCUAACGGAAAGCCCAACGAGGCUAAACCUGGCACAUUCCGAGUCCUUCUCCAGUAUCGGUGGAAUGGAGGGUGGAGCUAAAUCCGUCACCACUUCUCUGGUGCACUCCGACUCUCGCACCCAAGCUCAAGUCUGCUGUUCAGCGACGAGUUUAGAAGAGUCGAGGGAGUCAACACCGUCUGCAAAUGUUCCGACGAAGAAAUACGAGAGUGACAUAGAGAUACUCAGUAAUCCAAGCCAGAGCAGCAUCGAAGUUUUAGAUGAAACACUAAAGGCAAAUGUCACACCGAGUCGAAAACGUUCGACGGAGGAAAAGCGUGCCGCGAUCGCUCCUUCUCUAAUAACGAUACCAGAUGCUACGCCAGUCAUGACAGGUCUGACGGAAAGCAGUUCUUCGGGCUCAUUAACGGAUAGUAUAUGCACGGCAUAUGAAAAUAAAAUGGUUAAAUCGACGAGCAUCGAUAUCAAGUCCCAUAGCAGCGAGGGCGAGAAAGAAAUUGCGUUUGCUCCUAUGACAAGCUUGACGUCUAUGCUAGGAGGCUUGCUACAGAGCAUCAAGAUCGGCAGCAAAACCUUGAAGGGCGAAGAGGCGUCAAACUUUUUUGGUAGUAACGUGCAAUAUUCCUAUACUGAUUUUAGCAGCGUAGAUCAUAGAAUCAAACUGCACAUCAUUCUCAAUGUAUUCGAGCAUGAGAACGAAGAGCUCGUGCUUCUUCUCAAGGCAGACAUUUUAAUGCAUUCUAUGCAAGAGACAUUUUCUGGAUGCUUGGUAUUGUCUACGUCCAAGGUCUACGUUCUCAGAAUUGAUGGGCCAGAAGGGGAGGAUCCACAGCGUUGGCUUCACAAGGAAGUCAGUUGGACGACGGACAGAUUAAGAUCUUUCGUGCCGCUACCAUUUAAGCAGGGCGUUUCAAUCGAGUUACAACAGUCUGGUAAAGCCGGCGAGGAACAUCUCGCCAUCACCCUGCUCUGUAUUCUGCAAGAUUUCCAGAGAACGUCAAAUUUUUUAUUUUAUAUCACAGAUUUGCAGUUGCCUGCGAGCUGCGAAGUGGAAUUCUCUAUUCCAGAGCGUUACAGCACUCUGAUGCACAAUAUACUAACGAAUACUGCCAACUAUCAAAGCGGCGACACCGUACGACUAUUGGCUAUAUUUUCCUCCGCGAUCCUGAAAGGUCAAACCAUGACUACCAAGCUGAAACUGUCCGGAUUGAUAGUGACGAGUGCGACAUUGGUGAUACUCGAGGACAACGUUUGCUGGCUUAUACCAGGCAGCGAUCAAGUACCUUUGGUCGCUAGGGAACAAGCUAUGAGCAAUUUGAUUGGGAUGGAACAUUGCGACACUUGGUUGACUUUGAAUUUCUUGGACGAGAUUGCGGGUCUCGAGGAAAACUGGACCUUGGAGUUUGUCUCUCCUGGUGCUAUCGAGGCUGUAAUAAGUUCUAUUCAGCGACCGUGGGAAGAAUUAUUCUCGAUACCUCUGCAAAUAACCACGCGUGUAACACAGGAUGAUGCGGAGAAAACUUAAAUGGCACGCAAAUCAAAUAUCUAGUGAGUUUUUCUACAUUACUGUUUGAUGAACCUUCUCGUCUUGUAUAUAGAAAAUCCAAAGACUACAGAGGAGAAAGCGAGCGAUAACCCAAGUAGAGAGGGAAAAAUGUCUACCUUGAAGACGUUUUAUUCAAAACAUUUCAAACAAAUGUGUCUUUUUCUUUCUGCACUUGUACACAAUUCCGGUGCAGUUUUACAAUGACUUGUUUGAUUUGUGAUAGACACGUUGCGAAUAAAUCUUGCACUGUAUACAGUUGUCAGUAGUGUUACUAGAACUCGGAAUUGUAAAUACUUGUGUCCUUCCUUUGUACCGAUACUCUUGAGCCAAAGUUUCUCUAUGAUGUUAGGAGAGCGUGCGAUUUGCAUUGUACAUUUGGUUGGCAAAGUUGUAGUUAUUAAUUGUUUCUGAUUAUAAAUGUCCGACUGUGAUAUGUAUAUUUGGAAUUUUACAAUGCAAGACUCAGGUACUCUAUUGUAGAUAUUUAUAUCGCGAGAAUAUUGCAAUUUAUAUUUUGUAACAAAGCGUGUAUAAAUAUAUGUAAUUACGAUCUUGA